CACUUUUUAGCGAGCACGUGCGAACUGUCAGGCGAGGACAGGGAGGGCGAUGCCAUUCUUAUCUGUGCCAUACAUCUUCCUUCGAGUCGCCUUCUCCCAUCUCCAGCUGUCUGUCUUGCCGUUCCUGCAGCCGCUGUCACCGCUAGCUCGGCCCACUGUUGCCAUGGCAACGAGGCAAUAAAAAAAAGGCUGAUUAUUGUUAAUCUUUGGUCUCGUUUUUUUUUCCUCAUAAAAGUGGUUGUGAUGGUUAUCUCCCAGGUGCUGAUGUGGGGGUCACUAUGAAUAUGUGUAUGUAUAAAUAUAAAAGAGAUGGAGAAGGAUCCAAGAUCAGGGCUUUUAUCUUUUUUAUCUUUUUGUUGGGGAUGCUGUUGAAUUAUUACUCUUUCUCCCUCUCUCUCCUCCUUUCUCUCUCUUGCCUGUUUGCUUGUUGAUACAUGCGUACACAUUAUAUAAAUGUAGAUGAAGGGGCUUUUUUAAAUCUUUAUUUUCUGCUUUCUCAAUCUUCUUUUGUGGAAGGAGAAAACCAAGAAGUCACAAGAAAAACAAAACAAAAUCUGCAUCAUUUCAACAUUAAAAAAUAUAUGUUAUUUCAUAGAGAAUAUUCUCAAAUGUAAAUAAGCAACGUCCACUCAAGAUCAGAAUCACUCGUAUAAUGAGCAGAUACCGCCUACGAACUCCAGAGAUAUUUCAUGUCUCUCGCUCGUGUCUGUUUCUUUUCUUCUGCUUCUGUGUCUGCAAGUUUGCUCUCUCUUUGUUAAAAGAUUUGACACUAUCAUAUUAUACCGUGCAGGAAGUCUGGUUUCUGGAAAGUGUCUCCUGUCUCCGCUGUCAUAGAUCGGGUGACCGUAUGAACGUCUCGACCGUUAAUUCUUGGUUUAUUCAUAACCGUUCGCCCACACCAGUCUGAAAUGAGGCGCACGAUGCUCGCCCGGAUCGAGUGAUGCGCGCGCACACCGACAAUGUGAGUGGCCAAUGCAGGCGACUUUCUCCAUUACACUAUGUGGGUGGUUGUCUAUGAUCAAAAUCUCUCCAGCUCACAUGGACACUUGACAGUUUAAAAGGUACUGCCACAGUCCUUACCAAAAGCAAACUGCAAGCUGUGCAUUUCCUGAUAAGACAGCCAUGGUUUCCUGCUCCUGUCAUGCUGAUGAAAUAAACAGAAAGCAAGCCACAUGUUGGGGUCUACUUUCUGACAAGCUUUUGAUUGUUCAUGUUACUGACAAAGAAAAUUUCAUUUCCAUUACACCUAGAAGCCUUUGAAUAUGGUUAACUCUGACAGUCUGAUGGCUGUAUUAACUUCAGCCAUGAAACGGAACAUUUUGAGCAAGAUUAAAAACAGUUUGAGUUUGGCUGUGAGUAUCUCACAACAGACUGGUCGAAGUGAAGGACAACUUGUGCAAAAGUGCAGACAAUUAUUACAUCAACAUUUUGCUGCCGUAUCUGUGAUUAAUUCCGAAAAGCACAUUCGCAGCUUUUCAACUGCACGACCAUCUCUUGCGGCAUGUAGUACAAGACGAACAGUUGCUACCAGGAGGAAAGGUGGUGCAGACUACAUGGUCAGCUUCCACAACAGCCAAAAAUAUAUCCCCUGGAAUCAAACCGAAUUUGUGCCAGAUCUAAUGAGGUUUCUAAAUGAGAUUGGCACUGAUCCAAAAGAGGCACGCUUUUGGUUGAAGCAGUUUUUAAAUAUUGAUCAGAAACGACCGUUUGCAGUUGUGGAAGUUGAUUCAGAGGUCUUUGCUGACCCUAAGCAGUUGGAUCACCUUGCAUCAGCAAUAUCCUUCUUGCAGCGAAAUGCAUUGCAACCAGUUGUCGUAUUUGGAAACCUUUCAUCAAGCACAGACAGCACUUCUUUAACAGUACAGAACUUGAGGGCUGCCUCAAUAAGCAACAGUUGCAUGCUUUGUGAUUUGCUGGAUAACCAGGGAGUACAAGGAAGAGUGCUGUUUGCUGGCAGCAGCAUAAUUCAAGCUGAAGCAAGCAAUAGCAGCGAAACAGUCACCAAUGUCAACUCAGAUCUGAUCCAGUGGUGUAUAAUGAGGCAAACCAUUCCUAUCAUACCAGCAUUUGGGGAGACCUCUUGUGGCCAGAUUAUGCCCUUAAGAGCUUGGAAUAUAACAUCGGCUAUUGCAAAGGCAUUACAUCCAUUAAAAGUCAUUAAAGUGAACUGUACAGGUGGUUUUCAAGAUGAAAAGCAGCAUGUGAUCCCCAACAUCAGCCUGCCAUUUGAUUUUCAGGCUGCUAAAGGCAAAGUCUGGUGCACACAAAGAGUGAUUGACACUGUGCAAGAAAUAAGUAGUUUGCUGUACCAGCUGCCUGAACACACCUCAGUAGUCAUUACAGCAGCAGACAAAGUACUUGUGGAGCUUUUCACCCAUCGAGGGUCAGGGACAUUUUUGAAGAUCACUGAGCCAGUUAAGAAGUAUCACAGUCUAAAGGACAUUGACAUUGAUAGAUUGACAACCCUUCUCAACAAGUCAUUUCACAGAACUUUGUGCAAGACGUAUUUCAAAGACAUCAAGGAUUCUAUUCACACUAUUUACCUGUCAGAGAGAUAUACUGCUGCAGCAAUAAUUCUUCAGAGAGAAGAUUGUGAAUAUUCCAUACCUCUGCAAGUUUGCAGUGUCUGCCCAAGCACAGGGAGAAGGUACUGGUGAGACGGUGUGGGAGCACAUACACCGUGACUUCCACCAGCUGUACUGGCGGUCAAGGGGAAACAACCCUGUGAAUCCUUGGUAUUUCAAGAAAUGUGAGGGAAGCUGGAGUAAUGGGAAAUGGACAGUUUUCUGGUUUGGAAUCGCAGAACCUACCCUAUUCACCAAACUGAUCACUUCUGCUAUCUCUGUACCUGAGUCGUUCUCCCAGGAGGAGUCUAUCAUCACUCAUUGUGAACAGCUUCCAUAACUAAGCAUAGUCUAGUCAAAACACACAAUAAUAAUAAUAAUUAAAAAAUGUGUGAUUUAUUUAGUUCAUGAUCAUGCUCACGAAGGAGCAUGCUCUCAGCGCUUAAGACAAGGAGACAUGGACAAUAUACGAAGGCGGGAAAGAGGAACUACUGUGCAGAGAAGUAAUGAGACAAACAUAGAAGAUGCAAAGAGGGAUCAGGAAACAAAGAGAAAGGAUGGAGUGAAUCAUUCCGAGGAAGACAAGCAGGUAAAUUAGUAAAUAGCCUAUAAUCACAACUAAUGACAAUAGACAAAAAACAUGAACGAAAGAAUUAGAAAAUGAAGACAGCAACCUACCAGUCUUGGGCAAAUAUUCUCUAUCAUGCUAUUCACUGCCUGUUGUUAGUCAAGGUGCAUGUGACCAGUUUCUGCUAUAAUAAUUGGAAAAUAUAUUUUUGAGUUCUUGUUAUGUCUACGAUGUGUGAUUCCUGCUCAAAGCAUGUUAUGCUUGAUAAUGUGAUGUGAAAAAAGCAUUACUAUAUAUGGCCAGUAAAACACUUGUUUAAGUUGAGAUUCUCCUAAGGGUAGAUUUUUGUCAUUUUACAUUUCCUAGCUUUCAGUUUGAAACAUGAUUUUUCUCUAUACAUAUAGGUUAUCUUUUUUUUUUUUUGCAUGCUCCGUUGGCUUUUUCAAAAGCAAGGAGAUAUUGUAUUGUAAUAGUUGCAUUUUUUUCAGUUUGUUUUGCUUUGGAGACUUAAUUUCAGGAAUUAAACGCAACAGACUAAACGUGAACUGCAAUAGUUAUGUUUUAAGAAAUGUUUAGUUGAAGAUAUAUUCUUAUGUCUUUUAUCUAAUUGAUGUACACCCAUUUGUUGUGAAUCUCUCACAGGACCUUAAACUGACAGCCAUUGGAUCACUUGUAUAGUCAGUUGUUAGUAACUGAUGUUAUAAUGGCCCCAAAAGUAUGUCAACUACUUGUAAUCUUUUAUAACUGUGACUUACGUGUUAAUAUGCAUGCUUUUUUUCCACCACAAGUGCUUCAGCUAUGCCUGCUUCUGCAUUAGCAGCAGACCCAGAAACAGUGUGAAUCAAAAGUUUUCACGUGCCUUCAGACUGGACAUGGUCUUUCAGAAUCCUUCAUCAGACUCUCUGCUGAUGAUGGUGAUGGGUAUUGUUUUUAGUCAACUAAAUGUUCACUUCCUAUCCCCACCAUAAACAGUAGUAGUCUUGGUAGUUGGACCAGUACAGCCAGUGGUGGUGUUAGAAGCACAAAAAGCAGCUCUGGCAGAAGUGGUGAAAUUUGUUGUCUACCCCAUGAUCUCCACGUGUGUGUUUCUCAUUCACUGUAUAUGCAAGUUUUGUCACCAUAACAGUUAGUUCCUUUGUGUCUCAUUGCAUUAUUUCCUGCUGUUUAAUGCAAAAUUAACUUAUGUUCCUGCUAGUGAAUCAGCAGUAAAAUUUUGCUCAGCCUGCGUUACAUGAAGUGGAUCAUCUCCUCAUUGUGUAAAAUGGCAGGAUGUUUGUAAACAUUGGUGUGAAAAGCAUUUUGUAGGGCACAAGAAAGGGAGAGUACAUGUGUAUGCAUGUUGGCUAGAAACACUUUGGUAUUUGUGGUGGGUGAUACUGCAAAAAAUAAAUAAACUUAGGUCAUGUUACAGAUUUUAUCAUAAAUACCUUUGUCUUUACUGUAUUCAUUCUGUAUGUUGCUUAUAUUUUAUAUGAUGAUUUUGCAUUUUAAAAUGUUUCAGAUUACUUUUGGGACAUACAUUUACUCUGUAUUAUAUUUUCCUUCUGACACAUAUUGUGUUUUGUUAAGCAUAAACACAUUUAGAUCAUCCUGUAAAAAUAAUAUGUUAAACACUACUGCAGAGGGCAAUUCUUUUCUGACAAGCUUUCUGUGGAUGGAAAAUUUUAUCAUAUAUAUUCACAAUCUUGCCUGUUAUGAUUGCAUAUCUGCUCAGGCAUAAUAUGAACAUGCUUCCAUGUUAAAAGCUGACACAAGCAGCAGACAUUUGAUGUGCAUUCCAAUGCAUCAUUCCUUUGCCCUUAUACUGGUAUAACCAAAGACAUGAAACUAUUUUUUUUAUCAUGGUGUUAAUUUGACAUUUUGUUUUCAUUCUCUGUGCUUUAUAUUUUCAUGUUGAAAAUUUAAAAGCAGUUAUGACAGGUUUUCUCAAAAACCAGGAGAGGAAAUAAAUUCUGAUAAGCUUUUAGAUUUGUGUUGAUUUCCAUGCUGCUGACAAAUGACACACUGCUUGCUGGUGGCAGAGUGGCUAUAAGAUCUAAUCACCAGGCCUUGGAUGCAGGGCCCCUCCCUUGAUAGCUGGCUAUCAUACAAUAUGGCACUGCAAAGGGGGCCCCUGCAUCAGAAUUUUCAAGCAACUAUUGUGACAAUAGUCUUAUCAGAGCUUCCUGCAUACUGAGGAAGAACUGUGAGAAAUGAAUUACUUGGAUUUGAAUUUCAUUUAAUACUCAUCUCUGUGGCAUCUGUUUGUAGGGCUAUCCAUCAGUGGUUUUCUAAAGGUACUCUGGUUUCCCCCAUUGUGUGUGUAUGCACAUGCAAUAUGAGUUUUAGCAUGAAUGAAUAAACAGUACCUUUCAUA